AUGACACCAGCAUCCAAAGGAAUUCUCCGCCCAUUUUUAAUCGUCUGCAUUAUCCUGGGCUGCUUCGUGGCAUGUCUGUUCAUUUACAUCAAGCCCACCAACAGCUGGAUCUUCAGUCCAAUGGAGUCAGCCAGCUCAGUGCUGAAAAUGAAAAAUUUCUUCUCCACCAAAACUGAUUAUUUUAAUGAAACUACUAUUCUGAUUUGGGUGUGGCCAUUUGGGCAGACCUUUGAUCUUACAUCCUGCCAAGCAAUGUUCAACAUCCAAGGAUGCCACCUCACAACAGACCGUUCUCUGUACAACAAAUCUCAUGCAGUUCUGAUCCAUCACCGAGACAUCAGUUGGGAUCUGACUAAUUUACCUCAGCAGGCUAGGCCACCCUUCCAGAAAUGGAUCUGGAUGAAUUUGGAAUCACCCACUCACACACCCCAAAAGAGUGGUAUUGAGCACCUGUUCAAUCUGACUCUGACUUAUCGCCGCGACUCAGAUAUCCAAGUGCCUUAUGGCUUCUUGACAGUGAGCACAAACCCCUUCGUGUUUGAAGUGCCAAGCAAAGAGAAGUUAGUGUGCUGGGUUGUAAGUAACUGGAACCCUGAGCACGCCAGGGUCAAGUAUUACAAUGAACUAAGCAAAAGUAUUGAAAUCCAUACCUAUGGGCAAGCCUUUGGAGAGUAUGUGAAUGAUAAAAAUUUGAUUCCUACCAUAUCUACUUGCAAAUUUUAUCUUUCCUUUGAAAACUCCAUCCACAAAGAUUACAUCACAGAAAAGCUCUACAAUGCUUUUCUGGCUGGCUCUGUACCUGUUGUUCUGGGGCCAUCUAGGGAAAACUAUGAAAAUUAUAUUCCAGCAGAUUCAUUCAUUCAUGUGGAGGAUUAUAACUCUCCCAGUGAGCUAGCAAAGUAUCUGAAGGAUGUUGACAAAAACGAUAAGUUAUACCUUAGUUACUUUAACUGGAGGAAGGAUUUCACAGUAAAUCUUCCACGAUUUUGGGAAUCACAUGCAUGCUUGGCUUGUGAUCAUGUGAAAAGGCAUCAGGAAUAUAAAUCUGUCGGUAAUCUAGAGAAAUGGUUUUGGAAUUAA